GCUAGCCACAACAAUGAGAUUGAUCCCGGGCGCUUUGAGUCAGAAAGUGGGAAAAGUUUGGCUUCCGAGGUCUCAUCGCUGGCCUACCUCUCUUCCGAAUGGGCACCCUGGGGCCCUUGCGGCUUAGUGGAGCCCGAGAAGGUUUCCGUCCUCAGGAGUGAGCAGGCCGCCUUUGGUUCCACAGGACGUGCACACACUGUCUGUCAGCAGACACGUUGGCGCAGUUGUGCAGAUGCCGCCAUGCUACAGCUUGAUCCCGCAACUGGGGCCGGGUCCGUCCAGGGCUUAGCUCCUUCGGCUGCUGUAGUCCCCUCUUCAUUCGCUUCUUCACAAUUUGAUCAGGGCUCACCGAGGCUGGAAGGAUCACGUCCGGUUUUGGCCAUCCAGUCGGCCGCCUUAAUCUGUCCCGAGCCCCUCUUCCAGACACGCAACUGUGCGUUGGCCCACUGCGAAGAUAACAUGCUAAAAUAA